CGCCUCCCUCCUUAACGGACUGUCUCCCGACUCGCCGGCUGAGAGCCCUUUUUGACUGCGAGCGGCGGUAGUGGAGCAUAGGCGGCGGCGCGGGACCUGCAGUCGCCCGGGAUUCCCUCCAGGUGACGAUGCUCUGGUUCUCCGGCGUCAGGGCUCUGGCUGAGCGUCCCUGCCGGCGCUCGCCCGGGAUUACCUGCUGCGUCUUGCUGCUGCUCAAUUGCUCGGGGGUCCCCAUGUCUCUGGCUUCCUCCUUCUUGACAGGUUCUGUUGCAAAAUGUGAAAAUGAAGGUGAAGUUCUCCAGAUUCCAUUUAUCACGGACAACCCUUGUAUAAUGUGUGUCUGCAUGAACAAGGAAGUGACCUGUAAGAGAGAGAAGUGCCCAGUGCUGUCGAGAGACUGUGCCCUGGCCAUCAAGCAGAGGGGAGCCUGUUGUGAGCGGUGCAAAGGCUGUGUGUUUGAGGGGGUGCAGUACCGAGAAGGGGAGGAAUUUCAGCCAGAAGGAGACAAAUGUAUCAAGUGUUCCUGUGUUGGAGGCAGGACACAGUGCGUGAGAGAAGUCUGUCCCAUUCUCUCCUGUCCUCAGCACCUUAGCCACAUUCCCCCAGGACAGUGCUGCCCCAAAUGUUUGGGUCAGAGGAAAGUAUUUGACCUCCCGUUUGGAAGCUGCCUCUUUCGCAGUGAUGUUUAUGACAAUGGAUCCUCUUUUCUCUAUGAUAACUGCACUGCAUGUACCUGCAGGGACUCUACUGUAGUGUGUAAGAAGAAGUGCUCCCACCCUGGUGGAUGCAGCAAAGGCGAGGAGGCCUGUUGUGAGGAGUGCCUUCUACGAGUGCCCCCGGAAGACAUCAAAGUGUGCAAGUUUGGAAACAAGAUUUUCCGGGAUGGAGAGAUGUGGUCGUCUGUCAACUGCACCAUCUGUGCUUGUGUGAAAGGCAAGACAGAGUGUCGCAAGAAGCAGUGCGUUCCCAUCAGCAGUUGCCCUCAGGGUAAAAUUCUCAACAGGAAAGGAUGCUGUCCUAUUUGCACUGAAAAGCCUGGCGUUUGCACAGUAUUCGGAGAUCCCCACUACAACACUUUUGACGGACGGACAUUUAACUUUCAGGGGACGUGUCAGUACGUUUUGACAAAAGACUGCUCCUCCCCUGCCUCGCCCUUUCAGGUGCUGGUGAAGAACGAUGCGCGCAGGACCCGCUCCUUCUCCUGGACCAAGUCGGUGGACCUGGUGCUGGGCGCCGGCACCGUCAGCCUCCAGCAGCACCUGACCGUGCGCUGGAACGGCUCGCGCGUCGCGCUGCCCUGCCACGCGCCGCAGUUUCACAUCGACCUGGACGGCUACCUCUUGAAAGUGACGACCAAAGCAGGUUUGGAAAUAUCAUGGGAUGGAGACAGUUUUGUAGAAGUCAUGGCUGCACCCCAUCUCAAGGGCAAACUCUGUGGUCUUUGUGGCAACUACAAUGGACAUAAGCGUGAUGACUUAAUUGGUGGAGAUGGAAACUUCAAGUUUGAUGUGGAUGACUUUGCCGAGUCCUGGAGGGUGGAGUCCAAUGAGUUCUGCAACAGACCCCAGAGAAAACCAGUGCCUGAACUGUGUCAAGGGACAGUGAAGGUAAAGCUUCGAGCCCAUCGGGAAUGCCAGAAACUCAAAUCCUGGGAGUUUCAGACCUGCCACUCAACUGUGGACUAUGCUACUUUCUACCGGUCCUGCGUGACAGAUAUGUGUGAAUGUCCAUCCCAUAAGAACUGUUACUGCGAGUCAUUGCUGGCAUAUACCCGCGCCUGCCAGAGAGAGGGCAUCAGCGUCCACUGGGAGCCUCAGCAGAACUGUGCAGCCACCCAGUGUAAGCACGGUGCCGUGUACGAUACCUGUGGCCCGGGAUGUGCCAAGACCUGUGACAACUGGAAUGAGAUCGGUCCCUGCAAUAAGCCGUGUGUUGCUGGUUGUCACUGUCCAGCAAACUUGGUCCUUCACAAAGGAAGGUGCAUCAAGCCAGUCCUUUGUCCUCAGCGGUGACCUUUGUUCCGCUCCUUCAGACUUUGAACCUGGUGUUCUUGACACUGAAGUGGAAGAGCCAAUGAAAGACUGUGAUAUUUGUGUGCUGAUUCUGCAAAUACACACACGGAGUAUAUAUGUGUACAUAUAUAGAUAUAUAGAUAUAUUCAGAAACACUUCAUCAUUUAUAUAAACUACAGGUGGAUUAUUAUAUGUAUAUUUUUUGCUAUAAGACAUGUAUUGUUUCUAGGAUCCUAAUCUGUAAGCCAUUGAAUACACUGUAUAAAUAAACCAGGUGUUUUUAAUUUAAUAAGGCAGCAUGCAGACAUAUUGGAUGGUUUUACCAUCACAUACGUUUGUCAUUUUUAAGAAGUUUUCUAAGAAAUCUAAACUGCCUGCCUGAAUUAAUUUUUGAUUUGAAUAGGAUUUGCAGUUGAAUGGGAAGUGUGUUUUUCUGGAGAAUGGCAAAUUUAUCUAGGGGCAUUUCAUGCUUCCAAAGAAAGGAAAGUAUGCCUGAGAAAUAUGGCUAGUGAUUGGCGACAGGCUCUAAUGGUGCAUGUAAAGCAAGGGGUAGAGGCUGUUAGACUUUAUUGGGUCAUGGUCCGAUAUUAUUUCCAGAACUGAUUGGCUGGUUGCCAAGAAAUAUGUAUUUGUCACUAGAGCAUAACCGAAGAAUCAAAUGAUUUCUUGCCAUCUUUGCAUAUUCCUUGAGUCUCCUAAUUUUGUAUGUGUGUAUGAUGGAUAUGUCCACCUCUGUGUCCCACAUUGAGAUGCUGGUGUGUCUGGAUGACUUGUUAGUUUUAUUGAGGAUGAGCAGGUAUUUGAAGAAACUGUUGUACAACGUAUGACAAAAUACCCAUUUCUCUGCAUCUCACAGCAAUUUAGGAUGAGCAAAUCCCAUGAGUUAAAGUAAAAGCUAUCUCCAUUUUGUGACUAUGCCAUGUGUGAAAUGAAAGCCUGUAUUUCUAGAGGAUUCCUAGACCAACACUAUUUGGCAACAGUGAAUUUGUCCUAAUUAUUAGAAAGAAAGGCUUUACUGAUCGGUUGAUUUAACAUCAAUACAAAGAAUGGUCUACAUGCUUGCUCUUACUACUAGUCACCAUGUGAUUUUCCUGACUUUUGUUUUCAGUUGAAUAAGUGAACAUGUCAACAACACAAAACCCACUGAUGUCUAAAAAUAAAAUGUUCUGCAUUGUAGUAAAUAAAGGGCUUAAGAUUUAAAACAACGCAUUUUCUAUUUCAAGAUGUGUUGUGUUAUACUUUACAAAUAAGCUAUGGCAAAUUCAGGUUCAUCCAUUUUUAACAGCUUUCUUUAGAUAUAUUUUAUAUACCCUACAAUAACUCAUUUUUAUAAAGAGUGUUAUUAGUAGAUAAUAGCAAACCUCCAAAGUUUUGACAGUCGGCGUAGUGCCAUUGCUUGUUAAGACAUUUGUGUUCCUGUUACAUAUAUUCAUGACAGCUAAAGGAUUAGUCUGGAUUUUUUACUGGGGCAUCUCCAGCUGUUUGAGAAAAUUGAAUAAGUCACACAGUGUAAUAGUGAUUGUCUGGGACACCAGGGAAUGUGGUUGUCAUUGUUGCGCUUGGGCCAUAACCAAACUCAGUAUCUGGGACCCAAGGUAGCCAGUGCUUCAGUGCUGCACUUG